AUGGAAUUCGGUUCUUUAGCCAUCCUGACUCAUUUUCAUCGCGAGUCACUAACAUUCACACUACAAGCAACGUAGGGACUCCUGGAGUUUGGAUAUUUAAAGCGGACGGAGACGAAGUUGUGCCUGCCGGAUGCUUAAAUGCUGAAUGUCCAGCACUGAAUGUCCAGCACUGCAAACCAUUCCAAACGGAGCUAUUACAUAUGGUCCUGAUUCUUCUCCUGAUUAUGAUGCGGGUACAGUGGCUACUCAUACCUGUAAUCCUGGUUUCAGUCUGGUCGGAUCUGAGACUCGAGAGUGUUUUGUCGGAGGGAGAUGGUCUAAACUGAUUCCUGUGUGCCUACCUAUAACCUGCCCUCCAUCGACUGCUCCUACUAAUGGAUCUGUGAUAUACAGUUCUAUUGCUGAUAAAAAUGGAACCUAUGCCCUGGAUGUGGUUGCGACCUACAACUGUGACAAUGGAUUUUCUUUGGCUGGUGACCAAGCAAGGACGUGUACUGGAGAUGGCAACAGCACUACUGGUGCUUUUAAUGGAUUGCCUCCAACUUGUGAAUCCAUAACAUGCCCCGCUCUGCUCUUCCCGAACAACGGCAGUAUUGACUUUGGUGGAGCCUCACCUGAUGAAAACAGUACCUAUGCUUUUAAUACGGUUGCUACCUACAACUGUGACGCUGGGUUUUCUCUGGUUGGUGACCAAACAAGGACCUGUACUGGAGAUGGCAACAGCACUACUGGUGCUUUUGAUAGAUUACCUCCAACUUGUGAACCCAUAACAUGCCCCGCUCUGCUAUUCCCGAACAAUGGCAGUAUUGACUUUGGUGUAGCCUCACCUGAUGAAAACAGUACCUAUGCUUUUAAUACGGUUGCUACCUACAACUGUGACGCUGGGUUUUCUCUGGUUGGUGACCAAACAAGGACGUGUACUGGAGAUGGCAACAGCACUACUGGUGCUUUUGAUAGAUUACCUCCAACUUGUGAACCCAUAACAUGCCCCGCUCUGAUCGUCCCGAACAAUGGCAGUAUUGACUUUGGUGUAGCCUCACCUGAUGAAAACAGUACCUAUGCUUUUGAUGCGGUUGCUACCUACAACUGUGACGCUGGGUUUUCUCUGGUUGGUAACCAUACAAGGACAUGUACUGGAGAUGGUAAUAGCACUACUGGUGCUUUUAAUAAAUUGUCUCCAACUUGUGAACGUGAGUGCACACUUUGUUUUGACUCUAAUAACCUUCCAUAGAUCACACUCUACCAGUAGAGGACAAUUAAUAAACAAUGGUGGCGAUAGUAUAAUUAUUGUGCAUGUCACUAUAUAAUUACUUAGCAGAGAGGUCUUUCAGUGGUCUGAAAAGAAUAAAGACAGCAGUACAAUCAUGCACAUAGAACGAUCGACAGUGGACCUUCUCUAUAGUCUACAUAUUAUAUAUACGCUAAACUCAGAAAGUGGGUAUAAUGAUAAUAGUCUCAUGAAUCAGCCGCACUUGGAAAGUUCGUCUGAGCACUUUACUAGUAUAGAGGUGAUCAAAAUUCUUUUUGCUUGAAUAGCAUGGGACAGUUUAACGACUGUAACUGCUUGAAUGGAUUUAAUGAAUCAUUGUCUGAAACUGGUGAAGUCGUCUGUAAUCGUAGGUUGAGUAUUUAACUACAUGACCAUUAUGCUGAUUGUUUCUCCAUCAUAUAGCUAUAACCUGCCCUCCAUCGACUGCUCCUACUAAUGGAUCUGUGAUAUACAGUUCUAUUGCUGAUAAAAAUGGAACCUAUGCCCUGGAUGUGGUUGCGACCUACAACUGUGACAAUGGAUUUUCUUUGGCUGGUGACCAA